CCGAGCCCAUCCAUUAUCCAAAAAUGGCGAGCAGGCCAAGGGUGGAUAGUGCUAACGUGCGCCGUGUGAAUACGACCAAAACAAGCUACCCUUAUCCUGCACCACCCUUUGUACUGCUUUAUCUUUGAAAAGUGUGCCUGCGCAUAUAAUAAUAAUAGCGCGAAACAGAGCCAAUCUUCAGAUACCUCCGAUCGCGAUUUCUCGGCGUAUUUAUUGGAACAUUUGAAGGCUAAAAAGGAGGUUGAACGAGUGAUAUAGUUUGGGAUGGAGUCGAGGGCUGAGCGGCGGCUGAGAUUGAUUCAGGCCCAUCUGGUUCCCGUCGCCGAUGAUGAUUUGUUGCGGGUUUCUGCGAAUCCGACCGCCGGUGAAUAUUUUCACGGCCAGAGAUAUAGUGUAGUUCUGCCAGAGAAAUUGCAAACAGGAAAAUGGAAUGUGUACAGAUCUGCACGUUCUCCUUUGAAGCUCGUCGACAGAAUCCCAGAACAACCAGAGAUUGGCACAUUGCAUGAUAACUUUGUACAUGCAGUUGAAAAUUUCCAAGACUACAAAUAUCUGGGUACACGUAUACGGGUAGAUGGUACAGUUGGAGAGUACAAAUGGAUGACAUAUGGAGAGUCAGGUAGUGCUCGAUCAGCAAUAGGUUCGGGACUUCGCCAUCAUGGAUUACAAUCAGGAGCUCGUGUUGGACUUUAUUUUAUUAAUAGACCAGAAUGGAUAAUUGUGGAUCAUGCAUGCUCAGCAUAUUCGUACAUUUCAGUUCCUUUAUAUGAUACCCUUGGUCCUGAUGCUGUUAAGUAUAUUGUGAAUCACGCUGACAUACAAGCCAUUUUUUGUGUGCCAAGUACCUUAAACACCCUGCUAAGCUUCCUGUCCGAGAUUCCUUCUGUACGCGUAAUAGUGGUGGUGGAUGGGGUAGAUGAACAUCUCCCAUCUCUACCUUCCACUACAGGAGUUGAGCUUUUAUCGUACACAAAAUUACUAAGUCAGGGAGUUGUACUGACACAUGGAAACUUGAUUGCAAGUAUUGCGGGAAUGACCCUUGUAAUCAAAUUUAAUUCCUCUGACAUUUACAUAUCCUAUCUUCCCCUGGCACACAUCUAUGAACGAGCUAAUCAGAUUAUUUCGGUGUAUUACGGCGUUGCUGUUGGCUUCUACCAGGGGGAUAACCUGAAAUUGAUGGAUGACUUGGCUGCUCUGAGGCCCACUAUUUUCUCCAGUGUUCCUCGUUUAUACAACAGAAUAUAUGCUGGGAUUACAAAUGCUGUGAAAACUUCUGGUGUUCUGAAGGAGAGGUUAUUUAAUGCGGCAUACAAUUCCAAGAAGCAAGCUGUAAUGAGUGGGCGAAAACCAUCACCAAUGUGGGACAGAUUGGUGUUCAAUAAAAUAAAGGACAAGCUUGGAGGCCGAGUCCGUUACCUGACUUCAGGUGCUUCACCAUUGUCUCCUGAUGUGAUGGAGUUUUUGAGGGUGUGUUUUGGAUGCCAAGUGAUUGAAGGUUAUGGCAUGACAGAGACUUCUUGCGUCAUUAGCUCUAUGGAAGAGGGUGACAACUUAACAGGUCAUGUUGGUUCCCCCAAUCCUGCAUGUGAAAUAAAGCUUGUGGAUGUGCCUGAGAUGAAUUAUACCUCUGAGGAUCAACCACAUCCUCGUGGGGAGAUCUGUGUCAGAGGGCACACAGUGUUCCAAGGCUAUUACAAAGAUGAAGUCCAGACGAGAGAAGUAAUGGAUGAUGAAGGCUGGCUGCACACAGGAGAUAUUGGAUUAUGGCUACCUGGGGGCCGCCUGAAAAUCAUUGAUAGGAAAAAGAACAUAUUUAAGUUGGCCCAGGGUGAAUACAUCGCACCAGAGAAAAUUGAGAAUGUGUACGCAAAGUGUAAAUUUGUUGCGCAGUGCUUUGUGUAUGGUGAUAGCUUGAACUCAUGCCUUGUUGCUGUAGUCUGUGUGGAACCAGAUGUUUUGAAAGAUUGGGCAGCAUCAGAGGGUAUCAAGUAUGAAGAUUUGGGGCAACUGUGUGCUGAUCCAAGAGCAAGAGCUGCUGUACUUGCAGACAUGGAUGCUGUCGGCAGGGAAGCUCAGAUGAGAGGUUUCGAAUUUGCCAAAGCCGUGACACUAGUGGUUGAGCCGUUCACUCUAGAAAAUGGCUUGUUGACUCCAACAUUUAAGAUCAAAAGGCCCCAAGCAAAGGCCUACUACGCGCAAGCAAUAGCUCAUAUGUAUGCCGAGCUCUCAACAUCCGAUCCAACACCACAAAAGAUGUUGUAACAAACGGGUCUGAUAGAAGAAUAUAGAAAGGUCUCCAUGCCCGUGAAGCCGUUUUAAUAAAGAGAGAUGUGAAUUGCUGAGGAUGAUGUUCUUAGCGUCUAAUGGCUGUAUGAUUUUUGUGCAUUAUUCAAUAGUCAAUUUAAUUUCAAGUUUUCUGAUCCUAUGUAAGUGGAAAUGAACAUAGAAUUAAGUUCUCGAUUCAUUUCUGGUUGGCAACUCCAUCACUUAAAUAAAAUUUGGUCAGGGAAUAUACAAAUGGUAGCGAAAUUCAAAGUUAAAAGAGUUUUAACCGUCGGAUCACAUUUUCAUGUCCACCCCUCGUGUAGAUAUGUGUUGGUGAAUAAAACCCCGUGGGGUAGUGCCCACUUCUAGAUGGAGUGUUCACAUUAGACGAAUUAGGUGAACCCUACAUAAUGUUGGUACUAGUCAUUUUUCUUUUCCUUUAAAUUUUAAUGCUCAGUUUACGAAAAAAAAAUUGCUCUCCAUGAUCUUCUUUGAUCUCACGAUAAUGCUCCUGAUGGUUUCGACUAUUGACCCGUG